AUUACCAAACACAUCUACUGCUACUCAAUCAAACGUCAAAAGUGAAAAUUGCAAAUAAUUUAAAAUUGAAUUCUCUUCAAUUUUAUAUUUGUUGAUUUUUUAAACUAUUAAACCAAUUUAACUUAAAAUAAUUAAAUAAUAAAAUUACAAAAUGCCGGCCUAUCAUUCCCAAAUAAAAGAAUAUAAGCAAUCAGUUGGUAAUAUGGCCAUUCUUCCACUGCGAACUCAAUCCCGAGGUCCAGCUCCUAUUGCAGACAUCGAAACCGAUAUAAUCGAUGAGUCACUGUACUACUUCAAAGCGAACGUAUUCUUCCGUACAUACGAAGUUAAGAACGAAAUCGAUCGGGUUCUUAUUUACAUAACUCUUUACAUUACUGAAUGUCUAAAGAAGCUUCAAAGAUGUUCCAACAAAAGCCAAGGGCAACAAGAAAUGUACAGCCUUGCUAUUUCUAAAUUUGACCUGCCAGGUGAUGCAGGAUUUCCUCUGAACUCUGUGUAUGCCAAACCAUCUGGACCAGGAGAUGCUGAUCUCAUGAGGCAAUAUCUGCUUCAGCUGCGACAUGAAACAGGCAGCAGAGUAUGUGACAAAGUCUUCUCAGACGAUGGAAAGCCAAAUAAAUGGUGGACUUGCUUUGCAAAAAAGAAGUUCAUGGAAAAGUCACUCUCUGGACCAGGCCAGUAAGAGAAAACUUUGUUUUAUUAUUAUUUUUUUUUAUAUAUUAACAAAUCUUAAAACAACCAUUAAAUAAGUUUUAAAAUGGAAACACCAA